GUCUCACAGCUAAUAAGUGUCUGAAGUGGAAUUUUAACUCAGUCCUGCCUGGUUAUAGGCCCAGAGCUCUAGCUACUUUGAUAAAAGCACUUUACAAUUCUUUAUGUAGGACUUUAAGUACUACAAUGUUAUUUAUUCACAUGAUCUCACUUAAUUUCCACAACAACCUUGAGAGGUAAGUACUAAAAGUAUUAUUAUUCCAAUUUUGUAAGUGAGGAAAUGGCUCAAAGACUUUAUGAUUUGCUUGUUAUCACUCAAUGUGCAUCAUACCUUAGUGCAGAUACUAAGAAUCUACUCUUUAUAUUUUUAGAAUGUCUCUUUUUUAAAAUAAAUUUUAUGCAUAGAUAAUAUGGUCAUUGGGAAUAAUAAUUAAUAAUAAUAAUAAAGUCAUUGGGAAAUAUUAUCAUCCCAAGAAAAAAUUUGAAUACAAUUGCAAAUAAAGAAAAUUCGAAGGAUCACUUACCACUUUUUGAGAAUCCAUACUCCUCAAUCUGACUGGAAGAAAUAUUAUAUUGACAAGACCUAAAAAUAUGUGAAAGGGACACACAUCUAAGUGCUAUUAUCUGUGACUGGACAGUCAUACGGGAUGGACUCGGUUCUCCUGAAACAAUUGUUCAGGAGUAGUUACACUUCUGGACUCCCCACUGAGAACACUAAAUGCAGGAAGAGUUCUUCUAAAAGUAAGCAAACUCUUCAUGUUUCUGGUACAAAAAUGUUCCAUGGAACAACAAUGGAGAGAAAGAAGAUGGGGAUUUAUCAUCUCCAGAGAUGAAAUCGUUUCUUCAAAAGGAGAAAUCAGAAGUCAAAGGUGAAAAUAUCAGACAUGUAAAGGAAAUUCCGGAUCAGCUGAGAAUUUUUGAAAAUGUUACACAUUCAUGCACAUGGUGUCGCUCUUCACUGAAAAGGUUUGGUGAAGAAAGAAACCGGCAUCUUCAUCCUGAAUCGGGCUAAUCACAGAACAACUCGUGCAAAUCUUUCCUGGAAUCGGAUAGAGAUCACACGACUGGCUCGAUCCAAACAGUUUGCGAGAAAUAAUUUAAUCUUUUGUUUUCUCCAAAGAGACCAUUCUGAUACCGAUAAUCUUACGUGUGUGUGAUGGAGGGUUCGCAGAGAGCCCAGCAUCUGCUAUUUUCUCUUCUGCUCUUCACACUCUGGGAAGUGGGGAGCGGUCAGGUCCAUUAUUCGGUGCCGGAGGAAGCGAAACACGGUACGUUCGUGGGUCGAAUCGCGCAGGACCUGGGUCUGGAGGUCGCGGAGCUGGUGUCGAGGCUGUUCCGGGUGGUGUCCAAGGGCCGCGCGGACUACCUAGAGGUAAAUGUGCAGAACGGCAUUUUGUUUGUGAAUUCUCGGAUCGACCGGGAGGAGCUGUGCGGUCGCAGUGUUGGUUGUAGCAUCCACCUGGAGGUGAUCGUGGACAAGCCUCUGCAGGUUUUCCACGUGGAGGUGGAGAUCCAGGACAUUAAUGAUAAUCCGCCCAUGUUUCCAGAAAAUAAAAAAGAAAUAAAUAUUGCUGAAUCAAGACCACCAGAUGCUCGUUUUCCGCUAGAUGGCGCAGCUGAUGCAGAUGUAGGGGAGAACGCGGCCUUGACCUACAGGCUCAGUCCCAAUGAAUAUUUCGCUCUGGAUGUACAAAGCGACAGUGAACAAACGACUUCAUUAUCACUUAUUCUGAAGAAAUCUUUAGACAGAGAAGAAACUCAAAAACAUCAUUUAUUACUGAUUGCCACUGACAGGGGCAAGCCAGAACUUACUGGCAGUGUUGAAGUGCUGAUCAAAGUGCUGGAUGUGAAUGAUAAUGCCCCACAAUUUGACCAAUCUGUUUAUAAAGUGAGAAUGAUAGAGAACGCUGCAAACGGUACAUUGGUGAUCCAACUCAAUGCCUCUGAUGCUGAUGAUGGAACUAAUGGACAUAUUUUAUACUCAUUUCGUAGCCCAGUACCUCCUGAAGUUCGAGGCACUUUUCAUAUAGGUUCAGAGACAGGAGAAAUUAGAGUAAAAGGACAAUUAGAUUUUGAAAAGAAUAAUAUGUAUGAAAUUCGAGUCGAGGCAAUUGACAAAGGGAACCUUCCAAUGGCUGGUCAUUGCACAGUUCUAGUGGAGAUUCUGGACGCCAACGAUAAUUCUCCUGAGGUGUUUGUGACAUCUCUGUCACUGCCAGUCCAAGAAGACUCCCCUCCCGGCACAGUCAUAGCCCUCAUUAGCGUAUCUGACCGUGACUCAGGAGCCAACGGGCAGGUGACUUGCUCCCUAUCACCUCCCGGACCUUUCAUGCUGGUGUCCACUUUCAGGAAUUACUAUUCGUUGGUACUGGAGGGCCCAGUGGACCGCGAGAGGGUGCCAGCCUACGAGCUUGUGGUGACUGCGAGGGACGGUGGGACGCCAGCACUGUGGGCCACCGCCAGUGUGUCUGUAGACAUUGGCGACGUAAACGACAACGCCCCUACUUUCGAGCAGCCUGUGUAUACAGUGUUCGUGAAGGAGAACAACCCACCGGGCUGUCACAUUUUCACCGUGUCCGCGUUGGAUCCAGAUGCACAUGAGAACGCGCUGGUGUCUUACUCACUAGUACAGAGACGGGUGGGGGAACGUCAGCUUUCAAGCUAUGUGUCUGUUCACUCAGAGAGCGGGAAAGUGUACGCCUUGCAGCCCCUAGACCACGAGGAACUGGAGCUUCUGCAGUUCCAGGUGAGCGCCCGCGAUGCGGGCUUCCCUCCUUUGGGCAGCAACGUGAGCCUGCAGGUGUUCGUGCUAGAUGAGAACGACAAUGCGCCAGAAGUACUACCUACUCUUGCGGGUUCUGGGAUAGGCUGGAGCCCAGUGACCGCACUAGUAUCACGUUCAGUGGCUCCAGGCCACGUGGUGACGAAGAUCAGAGCUAUGGAUGCAGAUUCAGGCUACAAUGCAUGGUUGUCAUAUGAGUUGCUACCGGAGGCGGGCAUUGGGCGAAGCCCUUUCCGAGUCGGACUGUACACGGGCGAGAUCUGUACAACGCGAGUUUUGGAGGAGUCAGAUGGGCCUCUGAAGAUACUGCUUGUACUAGUAAAGGACCACGGAGAGCCGGCGCUGUCUGCCACCGCCACGGUGAGCGUGUCACUGCUGGAGAGCGGGCAGGCCCUUAAAGCUUUGUCUGAGGUUCCUGGAGCAGUGGCCGAUACAGGAAUUAAAAAGGAGGCAGCGCUGGUGGAUGUAAACGUGUAUCUGAUUAUAGCUAUCUGCUCAGUGUCCAGUUUGUUGGUGCUGAGUCUGUUGCUCUAUGUGGCGUUGAGGUGUUCUGCGCCCCCACGAGGUGAGUAUGGGCCUGGCAAGCCUACCCUGGUGUGUUCGAACGAAGCUGGGAGCUGGUCUUAUUCCCGGCAGCGGCGGCAGAGGGUUUACUCUGCAGAAGGAACAGUCAAGAACGACCUCAUGACCUUCAGCCCCAAUCUCCCGCCUUGUCUCAGUCAGUCACAUAGCGGGGAGCAGCAGGAAUAUGGAGCAGAACACUUGGGAAAGCCAAAACAACCUAAUCCUGACUGGCGUUAUUCUGCCUCUCUGAGAGCUGGAAUGCACAGCUCUGUGCACCUGGAGGAAGCCGGCAUUCUGCGGGCAGGGCCAGGAGGCCCUGAUCAGCAGUGGCCAACUGUGUCCAGUGCAACACCUGAACCUGAGGCAGGAGAGGUGUCACCCCCUGUAGGAGCUGGUGUCAACAGCAACAGCUGGACCUUUAAAUAUGGACCAGGCAACCCCAAGCAACCUGGCCCCGGUGAGUUGCCAGACAAAUUCAUUAUCCCGGGAUCUCCUGCAAUCAUCUCCAUCCGGCAGGAGCCACCCAACAGCCAAAUUGACAAAAGUGACUUCAUAACCUUUGGGAAAAAGGAGGAGACUAAGAAGAAGAAGAAAAAGAAGAAGGGCAACAAGACCCAAGAAAAAAAAGAGAAAGGGAACAGCACCACUGACAACAGUGACCAGUGAGGGAUCCAAUGGAACAAAGCCACUUAGCCAGUUUUGUAAUAAUGGCAAAUCUCUCUUAUGUAGCAACUCCUGACUUUUUCCUCCUGUCCACACCAGUCCUAUCUGUACAGAUCUCAGAAAACAACAGAAAGUUCCCGGUGUCUGUCUAGAUCACAUAGAACAGGUUUUGUCUUAAAAGCUUUACUCACUCUGAUGUUAACUCUUUCUCUCCACUCUGGCUUGUUUUCAGAAUCUAAAAAGCAGACCCAAGUUUCCUUUCUCCUCCGCCGCAAAGGAGAGGCCUCCCAGCCCCACCCGUGAGAGGUUGGACCCUUAGCCUUGUGCUCCUGGAAUCCUGUCUUGAUGGCACUUACAGGGCAGGCUGAAAGGUUUUCAGAUUGGGCAGUCCGGGCCUUCCUUUGGAUGUGUGCCUGUGCAUGUGGGGUUGGGGGUGGGGGUGGGCUUGGAGGUAUGCGGGGGUGUACGGAUGCGGUACCAGAAGUCAUCGAGAAAAGGCAAAAUUAGCUUACUUAGUGUGAGAAGAGGUAGAGAAAAGAAACAAAAUGAAUCAAGAGUUCUGAACUGUUCAGUCCAGAGGGAAACCUGAGAAAGAGGUGACUAGAUUUUUCCAAACUUAGUGUGGAAUAGGUAAGGAAUCUUUAAUGGCAGGAGGUGGUCCCCAUUCUCCAGACAAAAUUGUAUUCUGCCCCCUUGACCAUUAGCUUAUUUAUACAUUAUUAGAAGUCCUGGGGAAAAAUUGACUAUAAUGUCUUUCUAAAAACCUUCAUUAUGCUGGAAAACCAGUUCCUUAGACCCUUAACAGGAGGCCAGUCAGAUGGACACAUUGGGAAAGUGAGUAGCAUGGAUAUUGCUUCCUAUAUGUCCUUGUCCUCACAGUUAAACAUUCUUUUGCACACAAUAUUUCUGAAAAGGCCAGAUCCUUUUCCCAUAAUACAUAUGCAAAAUGGAAAGAAAAAACCCCAACACCUCACUUUAUCUAUGCUUUUUGUUAUUUGAUAAGAUUUAUUUAAAAAUGAAAGUUUAGAUGUAAAUAUUGAAAAACAAAGAUGAUAAAAUAUGAUUUCUCCUCACCCCAAAAAGAGAAUUAAAUCUACAGCCAUUAGAAACAAUCAUUGCUGCUAUUGAAGUGCUUUAGAGAAAUUGCCUGAAACAUCUGUAUUAUAUCGGCCACCUGCCAAUCACAGCUUUACUCUAUCAGGUCACUCUGGGACUGCCUCUUGCAUGUAUUAGUUACUAAUCCCAAGGAUCCCUAUCCUUUUAAAAAAUGUUUUUUAUGUGCACUUUGAUUACACAAUCUUCUUCAAUCAACUGUCCUAAGACUCAGAAAUGAAAGAUAGUUGUUGUUUUCUCAGACAUACAGAACACACUUACAGAUCCUGUAAUUCUGUGAAUUGUCUUGGUGCGCUAGCUGACAACCUUUCCUUUGGUUUUGUUUCCCUUUUUUCUAUGACACUCUGAAUUGCUGCCCUUACUAUUACUUAUGAUGUAAAAUCCAACUACUGUAUGUAUGCUGUAUGCUCUUAUAAAAAUCCUGAAAUAUACUUACUCUGUGCUUGUGUAUGUGAAUGUCAAUGCAACUAUUACCUAGAGUGGACUUUAAGCUUUAUUGUUGAAUGUAAUCCCAUUGCAUUUCUUUUUUGUACACAUGUGAAAAAAGUGGAAUAGUGUUCAUUUUUGGGGGGGAAAAACACUACUGUUAAUCAAUUUUUGUGUAUGAAAGACACAGUAAAAUAUCUUUCUUAAAUCGAGAUACUGGUGAUUCAAAGAAUUUUAUUUAUGGUAAGCCAAAAGCCCUUCCUUGUCUUUUGCCAGGAGUCCAGCUGUUGAGGGAUUGGAUGAAGAUGUUUUUUUGAAAGUAACAUUUCUGGAAGGAAUUCAGAAGAUAAUUCCCUGUGGGUGUGUGAGCACACAAUCAAACAGUUUGUGACCUCCAUGAGUAUUGAAAUUUUAAGACUCUCUGUCAUAUCCUCUCAUAAAGAAUAAUCAAAGUUAAUGUCAUUCCAGCUAGAACAUUUUAAGUUUGUUGAAAUGUGCAAAUUAGAUGCUUGAUCAAUUAUUUUUGCUCUAGAACUCAUUGAUCUAAAUAAAAAAGAUAGGAAUCUGUUAACCAAGCUCUCCAUCUCCCACGAAGAAUUAUUUUCUGUUUAUGAUUGAGCUUUGAUUCUCCCAUAUUUUGAAGGGUGUGUAAAUUCAGCUGUGUAGGUUUGCAUGGGGUAAAAUAGGUUGCCAGCAUAUAGACGUCAUGGCUACAUAGUAGGUUCCGACAACUUUGCCCCACUCAACCCCAUGUACUUGACCUUACGUGCCUUCUGAAGAAUAGGAGAAUUGAGCUAAUUUGUUAAUGAUAAGAAUGAUGAUAAAUCUGUGCAGCACUUUUAUACCAAGAAAGUGCUUUCCAAUCUUUUGUUAGUUACCAGUUAUUACAGCUGUAAGGACAAAACAGCAUGUGGAUUCAUUUUUAAUUGGUGCUAUUGGUAUUUCCUAUGUUAUUGCUAAUAAACAGAUAAUGGUA